UCAUGUUAUCAGUGACAGACUACGCAUGUACCUGGCGUCGGUCCAGAAUGAUUGCGCGUUCACCCUUUGCACCUUCAAAGUUUCCAGUUUUCCCCGGAGCUCUGCUGUCACAAACAUGCUCUCCCUGUCAUUGCGGCAGACACUGAGGCCCCUCUUCCUCAGAGUCUCGGGCUGUUUGGGGAGAGAGGGGCAGGUCGCCUCAGAGCCAUGCAGGCUGAAGCACAGCGGCGGCGGAUGGACGGGGCAGGAAGGUUUGGCCCAGGAUGACCCAGAGAUGUGGAGUCUCCUGCAGCAGGAGAAGGACAGGCAGUGUCGGGGACUGGAGCUCAUCGCGUCAGAGAAUUUCUGCAGCCGUGCAGCCCUGGAGGCACAGGGUUCCUGUCUGAACAAUAAAUACUCUGAGGGAUACCCUGGGCAACGGUACUACGGCGGUGCAGAGAUUGUUGACCAGAUUGAGCUGCUUUGCCAGCGACGAGCGCUCGCCGCCUUCGGUCUGGACCCAAACCUGUGGGGCGUCAACGUCCAGCCCUACUCGGGGUCCCCAGCUAACUUUGCAGCCUACACCUCUGUGCUGAAGCCUCAUGACCGAAUCAUGGGCCUGGACCUACCGGACGGUGGACACUUGACCCAUGGCUACAUGACUGACAACAAGAGAAUCUCUGCCACCUCUAUCUACUUCGAGUCCAUGCCUUACAAGCUGAAUCCUCAAACGGGUCUGAUUGAUUAUGACCAGCUGGAGAAGACAGCCCGCCUCUUCAGACCCAAACUCAUCAUCGCAGGAACCAGCGCCUACUCUCGCCUUAUCGACUACGCUCGCAUGAAGAAGCUGUGUGAGGAGCUGAACGCCUACCUGCUGGCUGACAUGGCUCAUAUCAGCGGUCUGGUGGCAGCUGGCGCCGUUCCUACUCCCUUUAAAUACGCUGACCUGGUCACAACCACUACCCAUAAGUCCCUGAGAGGAGCGAGGGCUGGUCUGAUCUUCUUCCGGAAAGGUUUGCGGUCGGUGGACGCCAAAGGUCGAGAGGUGCCCUAUGACCUCCAGGACAGGGUGAACUUUGCGGUGUUCCCAUCACUUCAAGGAGGACCGCACAACCACGCCAUAGCCGGAGUGGCUGUGGCCCUCAGACAGGCUUCCACUCCCAUGUUCAAACAGUACAUCGCUCAGGUCCUUCUGAAUGCCAAAGCCAUGGCCGGCGCUCUACUGAAGAAAGGCUACACCCUGGUGUCAGGCGGAACCGACAACCACCUGGUAUUGGUUGACCUUCGACCUCGCGGGAUAGAUGGAGCCCGAGCAGAGAGGGUCCUAGAGCUGGUGUCCAUCACAGCCAACAAAAACACCUGUCCGGGUGACAAGAGCGCCCUCACUCCAGGAGGACUCAGACUCGGAGCUCCAGCUCUGACUUCUCGACAGUUUAAGGAGGGAGACUUUGAGAAGGUUGUGGAUUUCAUAGAUGAAGGGAUUCGGAUCGCUCUGAGUGUGAAGCAGAAAACUGGAAACUUAGCCAGCUUCAAGUCCUUCCUGCUAAAGGACCCUGACACAGUAAAGCUCAUUGCAGAGCUCCGCCAUCGGGUGGAGCUAUUUGCCAGACCCUUCCCCAUGCCAGGAUUCACAGAUCACUAAAAGAGGACACGCAAAGCGGGCUUCUCUCCAGCGACGUCACCUUCUGUCGACUUCCUGUGGAGCUGUAACAUACGAAUGUCACCAUUUUAUUUUGAUCAACGCCGCAUUGUUGAUGAGUUUUCUGCUCAUGAUGGAAAAAUGUAAACACAAUCUUUUUAAUGAAAGAGUUUCAUCUGAGGCCUUGGUAAUUAAUGGCUGGUGUACAAAACGAUGCAUUGAAUAUUGAUGUACAGCUGUGAAGAAAAGCAUUUCAGUAUAAUUGUUGAUCAAAGUCAGACAUGAAUAAAGCAAGAAAUCAAGUUUGCACAACGUUGCGUUUUGAACUGUUUUCUUAAGACAUUCUGAUGACCAAAUUAAAUAAUAAGAAAUGAAAGCUUUCGUGUUACAUUUGGUUGGACCUAAAAUCAGAUGUAUUGGAUUCAGUAGAAACAGCUCCAAGGAGCUACUGUCUUUCCAGACAGUAGGUUGUGUCAACAAUUUGUGUUAUUUGUUUUUGUCUGGCUUGAUUUUGUGAGUAACAUAGUAAUUCCAGUCUUAAUUGUUACUAAGCGACGUCUGAAGGAAAUUAUGUGUGAUUGCAAAAAGAAAAUAAACAAGGGUAAAUGUGGA